AUGGGUUCUUCUCAAAAAUGGUUUUGCGUGCUUCUUCUUAUCUUGAGUGUGGUGUUAGAAUUGAGUGUAGUUGCUUUUGGAGAUAGCAAGAUAGAAAAAGAGAGGUGGGGAGGUAAUGAUUGUGGAUUUGGAAGGAGAGGUUGUUUUGGUGGUGGACGUGGUGGAUUUGGAAGACCAGGAGGAAGAGGUCCUGGAUUUGGAGGUGGACGUGGAGGUGGUGGAGGUUUUGGUGGAGGAGCUGGAGGAGGUCUUGGUGGUGGAGGUGGAGUAGGUGGAGGUGGCGGUUUUGGUGGUGGAGGAGUUGGGGGUGGUGCAGGUAAAGGUGGAGGGUUUGGAGCAGGAGGUGGUGUUGGUGGAGGUGCAGGAGGUGGUGUAGGUGGAGGAGGAGGGUUUGGAGGAGGUGGAGGUGGUGGUGUUGGAGGAGGUUCAGGUCAUGGUGGUGGAUUUGGAGCUGCGAGGUGGUGGUGUGGUGGUGGAGGACUUGGUGGUGGUGCUGGUGGAGGAGGAGGAGGGGGUAGUGGUGGAGGCGGUGGCCUUGGAGGUGGUUCAGGUCAUGGAGGUGGGUUUGGAGCUGGUGGAGGAGGUGCAGUAGGGGGUGGCAUUGGAGGAGGAGCAGGUGGAGGUGGCGGCGGAGGAGGAGGUGGAGGUGGAGGCGGUGGCGGCAUUGGAGGUGGUUCUGGCCACGGUGGUGGAUUCGGUGCAGGAGGAGGUGUUGGAGGUGGGGCAAGUGGAGGAGUUGGAGGUGGUGGAGGAUUUGGAGGUGGUGGUGGUGGAGGAAGAGGGGGAGGAUCAGGCCAUGGUGGUGGUUUAGGAGCUGGUGGAGGUGUAGGAGGUGGAGCUGGAGGCGGUGCAGGGCAUUGGUGUUGGUAG